AUGCCUGGCCACGCAAUAAAGAGCACCGGGCCCGACCCCGACCCCACCGAGUAUCUGUUCGUGUCGCGGGAGCAGAGAAUGCUCGACCAAGCCAAGCCUUACGACCCCAAGAAGUCCUGCUGGAUCCCUUCCAAUGACGGAGGGUACGUCGAGGCUGAGAUCCAGGGCAGCAAGGAUGACGCGACCGUCACUGUAACCAUAAAAGGAGGUGAGAAUAAGACGGUCAAGAAGGACCAGGUGUCUCAGGUCAACCCGCCGAAAUACGAAAAAUGCGAAGAUGUUUCUAACCUGACGUUUCUCAACGAUGCCUCCGUCCUGUACAACUUGACUAGUCGUUACCAGGCCAAGCUCAUCUACACCUACUCUGGCCUCUUCUGCAUCGCCAUCAACCCCUACAAGCGUUACCCCAUCUACACCAACCGCACCGUCAAGAUCUACCAGGGCAGGAGACGCAAUGAGGUGCCUCCUCACCUCUUUGCUGUUGCCGACGGUGCCUAUAUGAGCAUGAUGCAGCUUGCUGAAAACCAGUCAAUGCUCAUCACCGGGGAAUCCGGUGCAGGGAAAACCGAGAACACGAAGAAAGUCUUGUCCUAUUUUGCCAAUGUAGGAGCAUCUAAGAAAAAGGAGGGCGAGAAAAAACAGAACCUGGAAGACCAGAUUGUGCAGACCAACCCUGUCCUGGAAGCCUUUGGCAACGCCAAGACCACUCGCAACGACAACUCGUCUCGAUUUGGAAAGUUCAUCCGCAUCCACUUUGCGCCCAACGGCAAGCUGUCCGGUGCUGAUAUUGAGGUGUACCUGCUGGAGAAGGCUCGCGUCAUCUCUCAAGCACCUGCUGAGCGCUCGUACCACAUCUUCUACCAAUUGAUGUCCAAACAGAUUCCAGAAAUCCAACCGCUGUGCUUCCUGAGCGACGACAUCUACACGUACCACUACGUGUCUCAAGGAAAGGUCACCGUAGCUUCAAUUGAUGAUGGCGAGGAUAUGCAAUUCACGCAUGAUGCAUUUGAUGUGCUGAAUUUCUCCAAUGAAGAGCGAGACAACUGUUACAAGAUCACGGCCGCGGUUAUGCACAUGGGCGAAAUGAAGUUUAAACAGAGAGGCCGUGAAGAACAGGCUGAACCUGACGGCACUGAGGUCGGUGAAAAUGUUGCCAAGUUGCUUGGUGUUGACGGCGACGAGUUGUACAAAAACCUGUGCAAGCCCAAGAUCAAGGUCGGCGCCGAGUUCGUCACGCAGGGCAGGAACGUGGACCAAGUAAAUUACUCAGUUGGCGCGUUGGCGAAAGGUCUGUUCGACCGUAUUUUCAAGUGGAUGGUCAAGAAGUGUAACGUCACCCUCGAAACAGGCCAGAAGCGCGCAUUGUUCAUCGGCGUCCUGGAUAUUGCAGGCUUUGAAAUCUUUGACUACAACGGCUUCGAGCAAAUCUGCAUUAACUUCUGCAACGAGAAGUUGCAGCAGUUUUUCAACCACCACAUGUUCGUGUUGGAGCAGGAAGAAUACAAAAAGGAAGGCAUCGACUGGGUCUUCGUAGACUUCGGGAUGGACUUACAGGCUUGCAUUGAGCUUUUUGAGAAGAAACUUGGUAUCCUCGCCAUUCUUGAGGAAGAAUCAAUGUUUCCGAAAGCAACUGACAAAUCUUUUGAAGAAAAACUGAAAGCGAACCACCUUGGAAAAUCACCGGUCUUCAUCAAGCCCAAGCCUCCCAAGGCUGGUCAGGCUGAGGGUCACUUCGCCAUCGUCCACUACGCCGGCACUGUGACUUACAACCUGAGUGGCUGGCUGGAGAAGAACAAGGAUCCCCUCAACGACACUGUCGUCGAUCAACUCAAGAAGUCAUCCAACGCUUUGACCGUUGAAAUCUUCGCCGAUCAUCCCGGCCAAUCUGGGUCCGCUGAUUCAGGGAAGGGCGGGAAAGGAGGCAAGAAAUCUUCAGGUGGAUUCAAGACGGUAUCAUCCGGCUAUAGGGAACAGUUAAAUAACUUGAUGAGGACUUUGAAUGCCACUCACCCGCAUUUCAUCCGCUGCAUUGUGCCUAAUGAAACAAAAUCGCCAGGCGUUGUUGAGCCCUCCCUCAUCAUGCACCAGCUGACCUGCAACGGCGUGCUCGAGGGCAUCCGCAUCUGCCGCAAGGGCUUCCCGAACAGGAUGCUCUACCCGGACUUCAAGGAAAGGUACAAAGUUAUCGCCUCUGGAGAGAUGGCAGAGAUCGCAGACGAUAAACUGGCCGCGAAAGCUUGUUUCGACAAGGCCGGCCUUGAUCCCGAGUUAUAUCGUCUAGGCAACACUAAGGUAUUUUUCCGUGCCGGCGUACUUGGCUCAAUGGAAGAAGCACGUGACCAGCGAUUAGGUCAGUGCGUUUCUCUCCUUCAAGCUUGGGCUCGAGGGCGGAUCAGCCGUGCGCAGUUCAAGAAAUUACAGGAGCAACGAGUUUCCCUCGUCGUUGUUCAGCGCAACUUGAGAAAAUACCAAGCCAUGUGCACCUGGUCCUGGUUCAUGCUCUGGCAGAAGGUGAAGGCUCUCCUCAACGUGGAGCGGCCAGAGGAUAAAAUCCGCGCCCUUGAAGAAAGGGUUGCAAAGGCUAAAGAAGGAAUUGAACGAGAGAGUAAACUGCGGAAGGACCUUGAAGCCUCGAAUGUCUCCCUUGCCGAGGAAAAGAAUAAUAUAAUGACUACGCUUGAGUCGAAUAAAGGGAGCAUGACUGCCUACCUGGAGCAACAAGCGAAAUUACAAGCCGAAAGAGCCGAUAUCGAAGCCCAGCUCUCUGAAGCAACCGUAAAGCUACAGAAGGAAGAGGAAGCUCGCAACGUGCUCUUCCAAAGCAAAAGAAAAGCAGAAGGCAAUGUUGGAAAUCUAAAGAAGGACGUGGAAGAUCUUGAAUUAAACGCUCAAAAGGUGACAAACGAAAAGGCUACAAAGGAUCACCAGAUCAGAAAUCUCAACGAUGAAAUUGCUCGUCAGGACGAAUUCAUAAACAAAAUCAACAAGGAAAAGAAACAAUUGCAGGAAAUGAACCAAAAAACUGCCGAAGACCUUCAGUCUGUCGAAGACAAAUGUAAUCAUCUCAACAAAGUAAAAGCUAAACUCGAACAGACGUUGGACGAGCUUGAAGAAGCGCUCGAGCGUGAGAAAAAACUUCGUAACGAAGUCGAGAGAAAUAAGAGAAAAGUCGACGGUGACUUAAAACUUGCACAGGAAUGCGCAUCAGACCUUGAGCGCAAGCAAAAGGAGAUUGAACAAACUCUUCAGCGAAAAGACAAGGAUAUAGGAGCGAUUGCUAAUAAGGUGGAGGAAGAGCAAGGCGUUGUGUCCAAGAUUCAGAGGCAAGUGAAAGACAUGCAGUCCAGGAUCGAAGCGGCUGAGGAGGAGCUGGAGCACGAGCGCCAGGCCAGAGCCAAGGCCGAGAAGGCUCGGUCCCAGCUUUGCCAAGAGCUCGAAGAACUCGGCGAGCGUCUGGACGAGGCGGGCGGGGCCACUUCUGCCCAGGUCGAGCUGAACAAAAAGCGAGACGCUGAACUUGCUAAACUCCGCCGUGAACUUGAGGAAGCCAGUAUCCAGCAAGAAUCAGCGCUCGCUGCGCUGCGCAAGAAGCACAACGAGGCCGUCGCUGAAAUGACUGAUCAGAUCGACCAUCUCAACAAGAUGAAGGCCAAGUCAGAAAAGGACAAGGAGAGUAUGAAAAAGGCAGCUGAUGAAGCUAAGUCUGCAAUGGACGGUCUCUCACGUGACAAGGCUAUUGCUGAAAAAUCAAACAAGCAACUCCAGCAUCAGAUUCAUGAAGUUCAAGGGAAGAUAGAUGAGGCAAACCGAACUUUGAAUGACUUUGAUGUAGCGAAAAAGAAGCUGUCAGUAGAGAAUGGCGAGCUUUUACGCCAGCUAGAAGAGAUUGAAAGUCAAGGCAUGCAGUUGUCAAAACUCAAACUGACGCUCUCAUCUCAACUCGAAGAAACAAAGAAGAGCGUAGAAAACGAAGGCAAAGAACGUGCGACUCUGCUCGGGAAAUUCCGCAACCUUGAACACGACAUCGAUGGUCUUCGUGAGCAGCUAGACGAAGAAUGCGAGGCGAAGGCUGAUCUGAUGCGGCAGCUGUCGAAGACGAGUGCGGAAGCGCACAUGUGGCGUUCCAGGUACGAGUCGGAGGGCAUUGCUCGCGCUGAGGAACUCGAAGCAGCUCGCAUGAAACUCGCAGCUCGUCUGGAGGAAGCUGAAUCGCAAAUUGAACAGCUUAAUCUGAAAAAUUUGAAUUUGGAAAAAUCAAAGCAGCAAAUCAGCACAGAAAUUGAGGGUAUGCUCAUCUCAGUCGAGCGAGCUCAGGCUCUGGCAGAUGCAGCUGAUAAGAAGCAGAAGAACUUUGACAGGAUCAUUGGCGAAUGGAAGAUGAAGGUAGACGACCUCGCCGCGGAGCUGGACUCGUCGCAGAAGGAGUGCCGCAACUACUCCACUGAGCACUUCCGCAUCAAGGCUGCUUAUGAGGAGACCCUCGAGCACAUGGACUCGGUUCGGCGUGAAAACAAAAAUCUCGGAGAUGAAAUCAAGGACCUCAUGGAACAAAUAGGGGAGGGAGGCAGGUCGCUCAGUGAGAUCGAGAAAUCGUGCAAGCGCCUGGAUAUUGAAAAAGAAGAACUUCAGGCAGCACUUGAGGAGGCUGAGGCUGCCCUUGAGCAAGAAGAGAACAAGGUGUUACGGGGACAAUUAGAAUUGAGCCAGGUUAAACAAGAGAUUGAUAAGCGCAUUCAUGAAAAAGAAGAAGAAUUCGACGCUACACGGAAGUCUCAUCAAAGGAUACUUGAGAAUAUGCAGGCCAGUCUGGAGGCAGAAGCUAAGAACAAAGCUGAAGCUCUUCGAAUGAAAAAGAAACUCGAGUCUGAUAUAAACGAACUCAACAUCGCCCUUGACCACGCCAACAAGGCCAACUUUGACCUGCAGAAGCAGCUUAAGAAGAGCCAGGGCGAACUAAAAGACAUGACUCUGCGCAUUGAGGACGAGCAGCGUUUGGCAUCCGAGUAUCGUGAACAGUGCAGCAUGGCUGAACGUCGGGCCCAUGCAGUCAGCGGUGAGCUUGAGGAAUCUCGCACGCUGCUGGAGCAAUCGGACCGUGCUCGCCGCCAGGCUGAGUCUGAGCUCUCAGACGCCAACGAGACGAUCAGCGGCCUUACUAACAAACACGGGUCGCUGGCUGCUGCCAGGAGGAAGCUUGAGGGAGAGAUGCAAUCAUUGCAGGCCGAUCUUGACGAGAUGCUGAACGAGGCCAAAGGUUCUGAGGAGAAAGCCAAGAAAGCGAUGGUCGACGCCGCCCGUCUGGCCGAUGAACUCCGCGCCGAGCAGGAGCAUGCUCUCGGCCAGGAAAAGAUGCGCAAGGGCCUGGAGUUAUCUGUAAAGGAAUUGCAGGUGCGCUUAGAGGAGGUCGAGGGGACUGCUCAUAAGUCCGGGAAAAAGACCCUUGCCAAGCUAGAAGCUCGUAUUCGCGACUUGGAGGGACAGCUGGACGACGAGAGUCGCCGCCACGCCGACGCCCAGAAGAACCUGAGGAAGUGCGAGAGGCGCAUCAAGGAGCUCAGCUUCCAGUCCGACGAGGACAAGAAGAACCACGAGAGGAUGCAGGACCUGGUCGACAAGCUCCAGCAGAAGAUCAAGACCUACAAGCGCCAGAUCGAGGAGGCCGAGGAGAUCGCCGCCCUCAACCUGGCCAAGUAUCGCAAGGCUCAGCAGGAGUUGGAAGCUGGCGAAGGCCGAGCUUAA